AUGGUUCCUUGGAACUCAUUUGCAUUAGAAGUGAUCUACCAUGUAUUUGGUUGGCUAGCUUUCUUUUUUUGGGGAGUUUCUGGCUACCCACAAGUCAUCUUAAAUUUUCGUAGGAAAAGUGUGGUGGGAUUAAGCUUGGAUUUUGAGAUUCUGAGCUUAACCAAGCACUUCUCAUAUCUCAUAUACAAUGCUUCCCUCUACUUUAGCCCUGUUGUUCAAAAGCAGUACUUUGACAAGUAUGGUUAUAAACAGAUGAUUCCAGUUGCUGCUAAUGAUGUUGCUUUCGCCACUCACGGAAUCUUAGUACAUUUAAUUAUAUUAUCCCAAAUCGUAAUGUUUGAACGUGGAAAUCAGAAGUUCUCCUACUUUGCCAUUGCAAUAGUUGUUGGGGCGUGGUUUGGUGCUGCUGUUUGUUUUUUCAUAGCAUUGCCUAGUCAAUCCUGGCUUUGGCUAAUCUCCAUCUUCAACAUAAUUCAAGUAAUUAUGACCUUCAUCAAAUAUUUUCCCCAGACAUUCCUAAACUUCAUGAGGAAGAGCACACAUGGAUUUAGCAUUGGCACUGUUCUCCUCACUUUUUCCGGAGGUGUAUUCAAUUAUUCUCAAAUGGCAGUGCAGUCCAUAGACCAAGGUUCCUGGGUGAACUUCUAUGGAAACAUUGGGAAAGUGCUUAUAUCAUUGGUAACUGUGGUCUAUACUUGUAUUCUAAUGUUUCAACAUUAUGUGCUAUACCCUGAAAACAAGAAAGAACUUGUUUCUAAAAAUUCAGAAGAAACCAUUCAACCUCUAAUCUGUGCAAGUCCAACAGAUCAACAAAUCAAGCCUUCACUUAAACCAAUGUAA